UUGAAAACAGUUUUAACGGAAUGAAUGUAGAUUGAUAGUGUCAAAAACUUUACUGGAUUGCACGAAGAGACAUGAUAAUACAGUCGGCGUUGGGUGCCGCCACCCUUUUGUUGAGCUUUUAUGGUGUGGUAGAGUCUGCAGACAUCUGUGACAAUAAGUCCAUUAGGAAGCACUGGUCCGACUGUCGAAAAUUUGUCGAAUGUGGAAUAAACACUACCGUAGUUUUUCAAUGUCCAGAGCGUAGCUAUUUCAAUCCAUACACAUUGGUUUGUGAUUUCGCGAUGUAUCAUGACUGUUUGGUAGACCCAGAUAUGGACAUAAACAUAUUUGAUCCUCGAAGUAUUAUGGAAGCUACAACUGGUGUAUUAACUACAAGCACGAUCUGUAACAAUGAACCACUAGGAACUAAAAUCAGGCACCCAGAUGACUGUAGUAGGUUCUAUCACUGUGCUCCUUCUGGUGCCUUUCUGUUCGAUUGUCCCGCUCCUUUACAUUUUUGUACGAUAUCAAAUGUGUGUAACUGGCCGGAAUUCGUUGACUGCUAUGUUGGAUCUUCUACUACCGCGAACCCGUCUACUACCACGGAUUUCACGGUCUCUCCUCCUCCGGGGGAUGAAAACAACUGCUCAGCUAAUUGUAUUCCUGACAAUCGUUGCCCUUUGGAUUGUGAAUUCGAUUCAAUAAUCAAACUACCUCACCCAAGCCGAUGUGAUGUAUAUCUGCAAUGCAACGGUGGAUGCGCCUGUGUAAAGAAUUGUUCGGAAGGUUUUUAUUGGAGUACCGUCUUGGGCAGGUGCGUUGAAAGGUAUAGAUCGGAUUGUGAAGAAAUUGAACGCCCGGAAUGUCCGAUAUGUACACCAGAUGAGAGGUGUCCCUUGGAUGACGAUCCGGAUAACAUAGUCAAACUUCCACAUCCAGAUAGAUGUGAUGCAUACUUGUUGUGUCACGAAGGACACGCUUGUGAGAUCGAAUGUGAAGAGGGACUUGAAUUCAAUCCAGAAGAGGAAAUAUGCGAUGAUCUAGGGGAAUGUGUGAUAACAACAACACUAACUACAGGAACAGAUGACGAAGGCAACGCAACCACGACGCCUGUUCCGACAACCACGACGCCUGUUCCGACAACCACGACGCCUGUUCCAACAACCACGACACCUGUUCCGACAACCACGACACCUGUUCCGACAACCACGACGCCCGUUCCGACAACAACGACGCCCGUUCCGACGACAACGACGCCUGUUCCGACAACCACGACGCCUGUUCCGACAACCACGACGCCCGUUCCGACAACAACGACGCCCGUUCCGACAACAACGACACCUGUUCCGACAACCACGACGCCCGUUCCGACAACAACGACGCCCGUUCUGACAACAACGACGCCUGUUCCGACAACCACGACGCCUGUUCCGACAACCACGACACCUGUUCCGACAACAACGACGCCCGUUCUGACAACAACGACGCCUGUUCCGACAACUACGCCUGUACCAUGUCCAACGUGUCCACCUGGGGUAUGUAAACCAGAUGAUCGAUGCCCGAUUACUUGCAACGAGUGUGAACCAGUUAUGUUGCCACAUCCUGAAGAUUGCGGUAUGUUCCUGAAAUGCACCCACGGAUACGCGUGUGAAAUGUAUUGUGUCCCAGGACUGCACUGGAGCAUCAUUGCAAAUCGGUGCGAAUGGCCUGAAUUGGCCGGUUGUGAUACUAGUUUAACUACAGAACUGCCCUCCACAGCCGAUCCAAACUGUCCAGAAGACUAUAGGUGCCCGUUGGUAAAUGAUCCUUCGAAUCCAAUUUUAUUACCGCAUCCAGAUGAUUGCACUAAAUUCGUUAAAUGUAAUUACGGACGCGGAUGCAUAAUGGAUUGCCCGGAAGGACUACACUGGAGUGAAAAACACAACCGAUGCGAGUGGCCGAAUCAAGCUGGUUGCGAUCCGGAUAUUCCUAUAGAAGAUUGUCCGAUAUGUCCGUGUUCACCGUGCCGCAUGCGGCAAGACCGACAUCCCUGCAGCCAUAAUGCUCUUUGUGCAAGGAGUUUCAACUCUAGUUUAAGUCUACCGUAUCCAAAAGAAUGUGGACGUUUCUAUGAAUGUUUAAAUGGACUGGCUUGUCUUCUUGAUUGCCCACGAGGUACUCACUUCAGCUCUGAACUGCAGCGAUGUGAAGAGCCUAAAUAUGCUAAUUGUAUGAUCCAAUAAAUGUUUUUUUAUAUGCGAGCAUUGAGAAAUUAAAAUUUACCAUAAA